AUGGAAGGAGCAGCAGUGAAAAAGGAAAAACAUGGAAAACCCGCGAAAAAAGGCACAAAAGGCGAUGGAAAACCGAAAGGAAAAUCGAAAAAUAAACAUCAUGGGCAUGGCGACAAGAAAAAAACGAAUGCGAAAAAAGGUGGUGGUGGAAAACAUUCGAAGAAAAAGAGUGGAUUUGGGUGUUGUGGUAAAAAGAAGAAGGGAAAACAUUCGAAGAAGACGAAAAAGGUGACGAAACAACCGAAACCCAUCAAUCCGCCACCAAAUGAAGAGUUGGGUGAUAUUGUAUUGGUGGGAAAAGCGGGUACACCGAAGAAAGGGGCGGGAGAGCCGACGAAAAUUGAGGAGAAGAAUAAGAUUGGAGCUGGAGAUAUUGAUACACCACAGGAUAAAAUUCAUCAGGUAAUUUGGAAAAUUCAGGUUUCUGAAUGGCCUAGAAAACCAAAUCUAUUCUCUUCCAGCGAAGUUUGGUUUUCUCUUCCACGGUCAUUUUAUUUUCGAAUUCUCAAUAGUUUUGAGAACUGUAAAGCUGAAAAUUCCUAGAAAUUUGAAUUUCAGCAUGUCAAAUACAAUAAAACUAGGUUAUAAUAAUUUUUUGCUCACAACAGAAAACCUGAUUUUUUGCCAAACCUCCUCAUAAAACCGGAAACGGAAGUUUAUACUCCCACUUUUUUUUUCUAGCUCCAAAAAUAACCCAACCAACCUUUUAUUUGCAGCUUCCAAAACUCGAAGAUGCCGCUCAACUCAACAAAGAUACAUCCGAUCCGAAUUUCCAACAACAACAACCAUCUGGAAGUGGAAGUUUGCCGCACAGCAAAAAGAAGAGAACACCUCCACCAAAAGAAUCGGAAGACGCGAAAAAAGCACAGAAUUUGGCGGCGCCAGAUGAUGGAAUGGUGACAGCAAAAGAAACACCACCGGAAAAAGUGGAGAAAAAAGGAGGAAAAGGGAAAGAGAAAAAGAAAGAGAAGGAGAAAGAGACCGAGGAGGAAAUGGGAGAAAUUGGAGGAGGAAUUCGAUCAAAACAAGAAAAAGAUAAGAAAAAGAAGGAGAAAGAUAAUGAGAAGGAGGAAAAUACAUUUAUGGAUGAAGAAGAGGAUGAAAUGAAAAAGGAAAAGAAAAAAUCGAAGAAGGAAAAAGGAGGAAAUAGUAAGGAGAAGGAAAAAUGGGUGGAGAUUGCAAAAAAAGUGGCGGAAGAGGAUGCGCAAGUUCCGGAGGUUGGUUUUUUGGAAUGGGGCCACAAAGCGGGGCUUGAGCCUGAAUUAGUCUUAGACUAAAUGAGCCUGAGCCUAAAUAAGCCUAAGCCUAAGCCUUAGCCGAAGUCUAAAAAAGCCUAAGCCUUAGCCAAAGUCACACCUGUGGUCCCAUUUAUUUAAAAAAUGCCUAAGCCUAAACCUAUUUAAGCCUAAAUAAGCUUUAGCCUAAGCCUAAGCCUAAGAAAUAAGCCUAAGCCUACCUGUGGCCCCAUUCAGUAAAAAUUCAACGGAGUCCCUUUUUUUGCUUCAGGUUCCAAUUUUUUUUGAGCUCCCAUUUUGUGCCAAAAAAGCAGAGCGCGAUACGUUUCAAAUACUAAUCUUCACAAAAAUUGGCCAAAAACAUUUAGUCUCAACGUUGUUCUUGCUCGAAGAAAAUGUUUUUAAAAAGUUUCAGAAAAAAAACUUUGAGACUCAAAAAAAGAUUUCACUGUUUCAAAGUUUUCCUAAUUUUGUAUUUUUUUUUCUUUGUAGGUUACCCAAAAAAAUAAAUACUUUAAAAAUAAUUUCUGUCGAAAAAUUUCACUGUUUCAUAAAUUGUUUUAAAAUUGAACCUAUUUUUCUUCCAAGAUCCGUGAUCUAUUAUCGGAACAAAAAUUGAAUAUUUUCCAGAAAGAAUUCGAUUUAGUCGCCGGAUUCAUGCCAUCAUUUGUCUCGAAGAAGAAAUUUGUGGCAAACAUGUCGAAAAAUCGAUUUGCCGAUGUGAUUUGCAUGGAUCAUUCACGUGUUCAAUUAUCCGAUGAUAAUUAUAUUCAUGCGAAUUUUGUCGAAAUUGAUGAGAAGAAAUCAGUUAUCCUAACUCAACUACCACUUCCGAAUACAGCUUCUGAUUUUUGGCAAAUGGUAAGUUCCUGUAACUCUAUCUAAAAUCAUCUCUCUCUUUUUUUUUAGAUAAUUGAUCAAUCUGUCAAAGGAAUUUUGUUGAUUUUGACCGAUGAUGAAUAUGAUGAAUUGGGUGGCGAUUUUGUUUUUCCGAAAAAUCAGGAUUUUUUGCACUUCGAGGAUCGAAAUAUCAGAGUUGGAGAAUAUAAGAAUGUGGAGAUUCAGAAGGGUUGGGAAUUGAAGGUUUUGAGUAUCACAAAUGGAACUUAUAAAUCGUGAGUUUUCGGGGCUGAAGGAACAUACCGUUAUUUUAUAAUUUUGCCUGAAUUUUAACUGAAAUAUUGUUUUCUGAACAUUAUCCGAAUUUUAGUUUUAUACAAAUUUCUGGAACUGAAGAUUUAUGAAGUCAAAAAAGUUGCCACGUCAUAACAUUUUUCCAAAUAUUUUGAGCUAAUUUUUGAAGACACAGGUAAAGCGCAAUAGGUCUGAAAUGGGUCUCAUAAGUCUCUCGCGUGGCGCCCAUAAUAGGCCCAUUACAGACCUAUCGAAAACAAAUUUUCGAUAGGUCUGUAAUAGGUCAAUUAUAAGCUUACAAAUCAUCGAAUUUUGAGCUAUUUUUUGUGCAAAAUGGGUCUAUUGUGGGCCGAUUAUAGGCCUACAGUGCAUCCUACAUGAAAAUCAGCAAAAGCUGAAACCCUAUUCUAUCAAGUUCUACUAACUCCCAAUGAUAUCUUACUGAAUCUUAUAUAGCUCAAUUACCCUAACUCUAUAACCCCAAGACCCCAACUUACUUGAUUUCCUUUGUUUUUGUUUCAUACUCUAGAAAAAGCGCGCCUCCAAUAUAUAGGGUACAUUAAUCUGACAGGCGACGGCUGCCUGGGCGCGCACAUCGCUAUGUUUUGUGUGGUGAGCGCGUGAGUUUUGUGAGUGUGUGUGUGUGAGCACGCGUUUUUAAAAAAUAAAACAAAGUUUAUGAGGCAAAUCUCUGUAAUUCUUCACAAAUAUCGCAGUUUUUACUUAUGAACUAACAUCUCCUAACUCAGUUUGAGCUUCUGCUUCGAUCAAAGCUGAGUUAGGCUAUCUCGGGACCUCAGUUUUGGUGUUUUAUUAGAUAGGAGUUUGUGGUGAAUUAAUCAAAGUCUAUGGAACAAAUGACUGAACGUCUUCAUAAAUAUCGCAAAUUUUAGAUGUGAGCUAACAUUCCCUAACCCAGUUUGAGCUUCUGCGUUGGUCAAAGCUAAGUUAGAAGAUCUCUGGACUUUUUUUCGUAUGUUUCUAGGAUCUUUUUUUAGUCAAUGAACGAAAAAGUAUAUGGAUAGAAUGACUGAAUUUUUUCAUAAGUUUAGCGGUUUUUUCAUAUGCUGCUGACAUUUCCUCAAUGAGUUCGAGCUUUUGCUUCGAUCAAAGUUGAGUUAGACCAUCUCUGGACCUCAGUUUUGUGUACUACUUGAGAACAAUAUUCUGUAGAGUGAACUAGAUUGUUUGGGGCUGAGUAAUGCAUUUAUUUCAGAACAUAACUAAUUUUUCAUAUGAAUUGAGCUCCCACAGACAUGCUCAAGCUUAUUUUUCGAUCAAUAUUGAUUUUAUGAUAGUCUACCCGAGAGUUUUCAAAUUAAGCUGAUAGGCGUCUAAUAGGCCUAUAAUAGGUCUCAAAUAGCUGUUGAAAAAAACUCAAAAAACAAGCGAGAACAUCGCUGUGGUAUGAAGAAAUUUGUUGGUAUGGGUUCCUAUGUACACUAUUUCUAUCAAAACCAUGUUUAUAAUUAAGUUUUAAAAUUUUGAAUUUUUUUGAUUUUUCAAGUGAAAUUUGAUAAUUUUUCGAUAGGCGUGUAAUAGGCCAAUUGUGGGCGCAAAUUAUAUUUUAUGCCUAUUACACGCCUAUUAUAGACCUAUUGCGCUUUAUCUGUGGAAGUACAAACAAAAUUACUGUAGUUUUGAAUUACAGUAACCCUGGAUAGGUUUUCCAUUAAAAAUUGCAACGUGGAUUGAGAUUACUGUAGUUCUGAAAAUGUUCCUUCAAAAUGUUGAUCUACAAAAGAAUUGGAAACUACAGUAACCCUGGAUAUUUUUUCUAUCCAAAAUUGCCACGUGGAUAGGGAUUACUGUAGUUCCCCGAAGUUUCCAGAUUGUUGAUCCAUAGAAAAUUUGGAAACUACAGUAACCCUGGAUAUUUUUACAUUUCUUUAAAAAAUUUCCACGUGUAUUGGGAUUACCGUAGUUCUGAAAAGGUUCCAAAAUGUUGAUCUACUGAAAAUGUGUCUAUUACAGUAGCCCUGUUGACACGUGGAUUAGAAUUACUGUAGUUCUGAAAAUUUUCCAACAUGCUGGUCUAUGAAAAAUUUGGAAACUACAGUAACCCUGGAUAUUUUUUCUAUUAAAAAUUGCCACGUGGAUCGGGAUUACUGUAGUUAUGAAUGAUCUACAGAAAAUUUUGAAACUAAAGUAACUUUCUUAAGAUUCCAGAGUUUUUUGAAGCUCAAUUUUGCCACGUCCUAACUUUUUCCCCAAAUUGAAAAAAAAACUUGAAAAAUUAAAAACCUUAGAAUAAUUUCCAGCUUCUUCCACUUGCAUCACUUCAAACUUUGGCCACACGAUGGAAUUCCACAAAACCCCAAAACCAUUUGGCAAAUUCAAUCAGCACUUCGAAAAUACAACUCUCCGAUGGUCUAUAUGUCAUUGUCGGGUUGUGGUCGAGCAGGAACAUAUGCUCUACUCGAAAAUGCACAUUCAUCUUUGCACAGUGAAAAGGCGAAUUUCGAAUUGAUCAAAUGUUUGCAAAAUGUUCGAACUGGUCGAUUGCAUUCGUGUCAAAACAUCACACAAUAUUCAUUUGUUUAUAGUUUGAUCGCUGAACAUGUUAUUGGAAAUGUAAGAUCUUUUUUUUUCUUCUUGGGUUUUUAAAAAAUCAAUAAUUUAUUAAAUUUUCUAGGGCUAUCAAAAACAUUUGAAAGUUUGCAAUGAGGAAAAUGAAGAUGAAGCAAUUCAGAAAAUGCUCAAAAAUUUGGUGAUUCCAUAA